AUGGAGGCGGGCAGCAAGGUGCUAUACGUGGACUUCCCCAACUUCAGCAGCAGCCUGCUGGAGAGCCUGAACCAGCAGCGCUUGGAGGGCAAGUUCUGCGACAUCUCCAUCCAGGUGCAGGGCAAGGUGUUCCAGGCCCACCGGGCGGUGCUCGCCGCAUCCUCGCCCUACUUCCACGACCAGGUGCUGUUCCGCAACGCCAGCCGCCUGUCGCUGCCGGGGGCGAUGGACGCGCGGGCCUUCGAGAACAUCCUGGCCUCGUGCUACGCGGGCCGCCUGGCGGUCACGCCGGCCGACAUCGUCAACUACCGGACGGUGGGCAGCUGCCUGCAGAUGUGGCACGUGGUGGACAAGUGCACGGCGCUGCUGCGGGAGCGGGAACCCCCCCCGGCCCCCGGCCCCCGCAACCCCAGCAGCCAGUCCCCCAGCAGCAGCAACUACUUCAGUCCCCGCGACGAGGCCCCCGUGUCCGUCUCCGUCAAGCCGGACCAGGGGGACGAGAUGCUGGAGGACGAGCUUCUGGAAGACGGGGAGGUCGACCCGGAGCAGAAGGUGACCAGCAACCAGGGGGCGUCGGGGGGCGGCGUGCUGUCGGCACGGCAGCCCCGGCACGGGGGCUGGGUCCUGGUGAAGGAGGAGGGGGAGGAGGAGGAGGAGGAGGGAGAGGAGGAGGAGGAGGAAGAUGACGACCUGGUGCUGACCUGCGAGGAGGACGACCACCAUUUUGUCAAGAGCGCUGGGGGAUGCCGCCCCUCGGAUCCCCGCGCGCUCAGCAUCAGCGGCGUGUGCACCCUGACCCGGCCCCAGCCCCCUCCCCUCCCCCUCGGACCGCCAGGCGAGGAUGAGCCGGCGGACUUCUGCGGCUCCACCGAGGACUUCCCCUACGAGGAGGGGCCCCAGUGCUUUGCCCCGGCCCCCUCCAUCCUCCUCCUGCCUGGUGGAGGGGUCGGCAGCGGCAGCGGCCUCCAGGAGCUGCGGCACGGGGCUGCGGGGGCGGUGGACCCGGCGGGAGGGGGGCCCGGCAGCCUCAGCAGCGGCGGAGGCAAGGUCUUCGCCUGCCACUGCGGCAAGAGCUUCACCCACCGCAGCCAGCGGGACCGGCACGUCAACAUGCACCUCAACCUGCGCCCCUUCGCCUGCACCCUGUGCAACAAGAAGUUCAAGAUGAAGCACCAUCUGGUGGAGCACAUGAAGAUCCACACCGGCCACAAGCCCUUCCAGUGCCACGUCUGUGCCAAGAAGUUCAUGUGGCGGGACAGCUUCCUCAGGCACCGCGCUGCCUGCGAGAAACUCCAGCACGAUAUCCCCCUCAGCAGAAGCCUCGACUGACUGA